CAGUCGCAUCACUGUAUGCACGAUGAACGAGUCGUCAUGACUUCUAGUCGAACAUCUUGAUGUCUAGACCAGAGGCCGUAUUCUACGGGUCGGCCCCACAAUCGCUGACAUGGCCAUGGUACGGAGAGGCCAAUGUCAUGCGCCGAGAACCUGAGACAUGGAGAUCGACUCUCCGCCGAUCUGUGCCUUGUACGGCUCGGCACUCAAAGACUCUCCGCUUUGCGCCAUGUAUAAAGCAUUGGCGAAGUGCUGCGCCCCGCCUCCAUUUCUGCCCCAACAAAGGCUUGCUUUGGGCCACUGGCUGUGCCUCGACCCUUUUUCCUCCCGGCCUAUUUAAACCCUCAUCGGCCACGCCGGUCGUGGCUCUUGACGUUCCUCCUUCUGCCACGGUCCAUACGACUCUACGACUGGUCUCUGUCACGACACACAAACGACCACCCCGCGACGCUCAGUUCGACGCUUUACAUUUACGACUAAACACACAUGGAGCAAUCGCACGACGCAUUUCAGCCGCCGACGGGCUGGUCCGAACGCGAACCGGGAGCACAGACAGAACCCGCGGGGGUUAGGGUGAUGAUAGUGAAGGAGAGAGUUUCCAAGGGACCCGCGAAGCCCAAGAUCCAUAGAUGUGAGAUAUGUCUGAGUGUCGGAAACGACACUGCGUUCAGCCGUAAACCAGACUUGACCCGUCACGUAGUUGUCGUGCAUAACAAGAAGAAGCCUUACCCUUGUACCUGGAAAGGCUGUGGCACGUGGUUCUCCAGCACAUCGGCGCUGAAGAAUCACCGGAGUGUACACACACACGAGAAGUUGUGGAAGUGCCCGAUAUGUUCCUUGAGAUUCAGCGAGCAGUCCUCCUGCGGCCGUCACCAGAAGGAAAAGCACCGUGGCUUAACACACUUUUGCCCCUUCUGCGACAAGACGGUCAUACGCACCAACGACUUCGCUAGGCACUUACAAUCCUGCCACAAUGUCAAGAAGAGCGCGGAGGAAAGGAGUAUGUAUAAGCUGCACCAUUCUACCCCUCUGGAAAUUAUGGCGACAAUGCCCCAGUUCACCCUCCCCGGUAUGAAUGGACUGGAGAUGAGGCGCAAGGUGCUCGACGCCCAGGAAUCGGCCCCCCCUAGGACGCGCGUGAAGCACGCCGUUGAUGUCUCUAUCCAGGAGUCAGAACUCAUCUCCCUCUCUCCGGGCCCCCCGAUCAUGAGUGGUUACGAGACGACGCCGUCUUCCACUACGGGCUUCAGCGUCAGCCCUUCUCCAUCUUAUACGGACAUUAGCGAUGACGGCUAUGCGUCCCAGAGUGGCUACAAUAACGCACUUGAAAUCGACUUUGGUUCUGGUGGGCAAAUGCUGUAUGCCAACAUGCAACCUAUCAGCCGGACAUCGUCUACCACGAGCCUGUUGAGCGAUGGUCGCCUACAAGUUCCCAGCCGUGCAAGCUCUGCCUCUAGCUUUUCCACUGGGGGGUAUGCGUAUGGGUUCACCGCGUCACUUGCACCGUCAGAGGAAAUGUCAUUCGUCUUUACACCCGACACGCAAGUAACCGGUGGAUCGUCGUCCUAUGCCCGUGCCGCUGGUGGUCAGAUGCACUACGAUGUACAGACUACCAACGGGUCUUACGUCUACAAUCCUCAGGCUGCGUUCGGGGUCGGCGGGGUUUCUACUCAGAACCAGACCAGGUACUACUACAUUGCGCGCCAACCCGAGGAAGUCACCAGCAUAUCGCACACGCGCCGCGGCAUGGCGCAUCUCUCCGCGCAGCAGUGGGGCUCGCAAGGAUCCCUGAACUAGGGAUCCUCGGACUGCUCCAUUUGUAUCUCUUAUUCUUAUUCAGGUUGUACGGUUAUACUUCGGAUUCGCGCGAUUGAUCUCGCACUUCUGUUGUGUUGUGUUAGCCAUAGGUAGUACUAAUAGCUCGCCACUCUGUAUCGUUGUUCAACCGCUGUAUUUCUAUCCUGUUCUUCGCAAUGUAUACGUUGGUGUUUUCGACGCCACGCUG